CGCCCGGGCGGCUGCGGGCGGGGAGUCCCGGGGUGCGGGCGGCCCGGGAGGCCUUGGAAAGCAGAGGGGUGACGGGAUCGCGUGUGCGGAGCGGCGGGAAACCAGGUCUAAUGAAGAAUCAACAGAUGAAUCUGAGGAAGAUGAAAGUGAAGAAGAACCCAAGUUGAAGUAUGAACGGCUUUCUAAUGGAGUGACUGAAAUUCUCCAGAAAGAUGCAGCCAGCUGCAUGACAGUGCAUGAAAAGUUUUUGGCACUGGGAACACAUUACGGAAAGGUUUAUUUACUUGAUGUCCAGGGGAACAUCACACAGAAGUUUGAUGUUAGCCCAGUGAAGAUAAAUCAGAUCAGCCUGGAUGAAAGUGGAGAACACAUGGGUGUAUGCUCAGAAGAUGGCAAGGUGCAGGUGUUUGGAUUAUAUUCAGCAGAAGAGUUUCAUGAAACAUUUGACUGUCCUAUUAAAAUUGUUGCUGUUCAUCCUCAUUUUGUAAGAUCUCAUUUCAAGCAAUUUGUAACAGGAGGAAAAAAGUUGCUGUUAUAUGAGAGAGGUUGGAUGAAUAGAUGGAAGCCUUCAGUUUUACAUGAAGGAGAGGGAAAUAUAAGAAAUGUGAAAUGGAGAGGACACUUAAUUGCUUGGGCCAAUAAUAUGGGUGUGAAGAUACUUGACAUGAUCUCUAAGCAAAGAAUUACCAAUGUGCCUCGAGAUGACAUAAGCCUUCGCCCAGAUAUGUAUCCCUGCAGCCUUUGCUGGAAGGAUAAUUUAACGCUGAUUAUUGGUUGGGGAAAUUCAGUAAAGAUUUGCUCAGUAAAGGAACGGCAUGCCAGUGAAAUGCGUGACCUUCCGAACCGCUAUGUGGAAAUAGUUUUCCAGUUUGAGACUGAAUUCCAUAUCAGUGGACUUGCACCUCUCUGUGACCAACUGGUUGUACUUUCCUAUGUAAAGGAGAUUUCAGAAAAAACGGAAGUGGAAUGUUGCGCAAGACCUAGACUGGAUAUUGUUCAACCCCUACCUGAGUCUUGUGAGGAGAUCUCUUCGGAUGCGCUGACAGUAAGAGGGUUUCAAGAAAAUGAAUGUAGAGAUUAUCAUUUAGAAUAUUCGGAAGGCGAAUCACUUUUUUAUAUCAUCAGCCCAAGAGAUGUAGUUGUGGCUAAAGAACGGGACCAAGAUGACCACAUUGACUGGCUUCUUGAAAAGAAGAAAUAUGAAGAAGCUUUGAUGGCAGCUGAAAUAAGUCAGAAAACCAUAAAAAAACACAGGAUUUUGGACAUUGGUUUGGCCUAUAUAAAUCAUCUAGUGGAGAAAGGAGACUAUGAUCUGGCUGCUCGAAAGUGCCAGAAAAUUCUUGGCAAAAACACAGACCUGUGGGAAUUUGAAGUUUACAAGUUUAAAGAAAUAGGGCAGCUUAAGGCAAUUAGUCGUUACUUGCCCAGGCGGGAUCCAGUUUUGAAACCUCUUAUCUAUGAAAUGGUCCUACAUGAGUUUUUGGAAAGUGACUAUGAGGGGUUUGCAACCCUGAUAAAAGAGUGGCCUGGAGAUCUCUACAACAACACAAUCAUCGUUCAAGCUGUAGUGGACCACCUGAAGAAAGAUCCACAGAAUAGGACUUUGCUGAGAACACUUGCAGAGUUGUAUACUUAUGACCAGCGCUAUGGAAGAGCCCUAGAAAUUUACCUGACUCUGAGACACAAAGAUGUCUUCCAACUGAUCCAUAAGCACAAUCUUUUCAGUUCUAUCAGAGACAAAAUUGUUCUUCUCAUGGAUUUUGAUGCAGAGAAAGCAGUAGACAUGCUUCUGGAUAACGAAGAUAAAAUUUCUAUUGACAGAGUCAUUGAAGAAUUAGAAAACAGGCCUGAACUACAGCAUGUGUAUUUGCACAAGCUUUUCAAAAGAGACCACCAUAAAGGUCAACGCUAUCACGAGAAACAGAUCAGCCUUUACGCUGAAUAUGAUCGUCCAAAUUUACUACCGUUUCUCAGAGACAGCACACACUGCCCACUAGAAAAGGCUCUUGAGAUCUGCCAACAGAGGAACUUUGUAGAAGAGACGGUCUAUCUUCUGAGCAGAAUGGGUAACAGCCGCAGUGCCUUGAAGAUGAUAAUGGAAGAAUUGCAUGAUGUGGAUAAGGCUAUUGAAUUUGCCAAGGAGCAAGAUGAUGGAGAACUUUGGGAAGACCUCAUCUUAUAUUCUAUCGACAAACCACCUUUUAUUACCGGUUUGUUGAACAAUAUUGGAACACACGUUGAUCCCAUUCUUUUGAUCCACCGGAUUAAGGAAGGCAUGGAGAUUCCUAAUUUGAGAGACUCGCUAGUGAAAAUUCUUCAGGACUACAACUUGCAGAUCCUGCUACGGGAAGGUUGCAAGAAGAUCCUUGUUGCCGACUCUCUUUCCUUACUGAAAAAAAUGCAUCGAACUCAGAUGAAGGGUGUUCUAGUGGAUGAGGAGAAUAUCUGUGAAUCAUGCCUUUCUCCAAUACUUCCUUCAGAUGCAUCCAAGUCAUUCAGCGUGGUAGUGUUCCACUGCAGACACAUGUUUCACAAAGAGUGCCUCCCCGUCUCCAACACAGUCUCUCCUGUUCAGUUCUGCAACAUCUGUAGUGCCAAACACAGAGGGCCCGGAAGCGCAAUUCUGGAGAUGAAGAAAUAGCACUCCUACAGCUCUCUAAGUCAGUCUGUGACACCACUUCUGUUAGGGUCACAAGGGGCCACUGUAUUUUCUGCUAGUCAUCCUAGUUGCUGUAUAUAAUUCUGACUGUUAUUUAAACGUGCUCGCUUUAAGUUAUCUGCCACUUAUUGAGCGUUUUCUGGAAAGAGAAAAUGAUGAGAUCUCUAGUAACUCCGUGUUAAGCAAUUCAUAUUUAGCUGUUCCUGUGCUCAGGUUGUUCUUUACUAAAUACAGAAAGUGGAAAAGAUAAAUUAAACAGAGGGAAGAAAACAGUUUGGAAAUUUGUGAUUAAUAUCAGUUAACGUGCUUCACAGUUUGGGGCCAUUAUCAGGGUCAUAGUUAAAUACUGUAGGUAAAGAUGAAUUACUGUGAAUUCAGCUCACCAAACUACUUAGUCUUGUUUCAGUCUUUCCUGGACUGUUUAACUUGAGACCCAGGAGGAGCCUGACUGCUUUCACAGGAACUGCUUCCCAGCUUGAAGCCACCUGUGUGCUAAAUCAUAUAUUUAAUUAGCAAGUUCACUAACUGUUAAUUCUACACACUGAGAAUGUACAUUGGCUAUAUGGUUACACAUUCAUAAUUUGUUAUAAACUGGUUAUUUUGUCCAUUGAUCUUCAUAGUGCAGCAUUUAAACAGGUGGGAUUUUCUUAUGUUAAACCUAUCCUGAAACUUUAAAUGACGGCAGUAGGUCUUUAUACUUCUUAGAGAGAGAACAGUCAAGAAACCUAUUUGGUUGUUAACGAAAAAACACAUUUAUUUUUAGUUUGGCCAGUGUUCUGUGAUGCAAAGGAGUUGAUAUUUCAGAAUUUCUUCAUAGUAAUGAAAUCUCUCUCUAAUGUUCUCUGAUGAAAUUAAAGACCUGUUUCCAAAGAAGAGUCACAUUUCAGAACUGCCAAGAUAUUUUCCCUUUUUUUUAUAGCUGAACUUUGAAAGGAAAAAGGCAUUGUUCCAACAGCAAAUUGUGAGAUUCAAACAAGUAGUUAACAUCACAGUUUUUGAAACAGCAGUAGAGUGAUACUGCAGUGUACCUGUAAAACUGGAAAAUGUAGCACUUUGGAGCUUUUCCCUCAGUCCCGUAGAUGUUACACCUUCAAAUAACCUGUGUCAUGGAAAACUGGGUUUCCAGCUUGUGUGAAUUCAUGCUAUUCUACUGAUAUCAUCCAGGCAUUUGGCUGAGCUGGCCUAGUAAUCCAGUAUGUGAUUUUAUUGUCCUCUGUUUACAUCUGUAUGACUGAUACUGGAAUAAAAUGUUAAGUAUAUUAAAA